AUGAAGCAACGGGCGUUCAAUAAGGCCAUGAUCACCCCAUUUACAGAAGUCAUUUUCAUCGAUGAGGCAGACGAGAAAACACUCGACGUCGCUGACUGGAAAAUCUUACCGCAAGGAGGAUAUACCGCUCACGACGUUAAGUAUCAGACGGCUAAAGCAUUCCUUAACAAGUGCCCGAUGUUAGUGACCGGCAAGAGCGUAAAGCUUGAUUUCGGUCCCGCCGACCAGCCAGCAAUGGAUAGACGUCUGCGCACGUAUCAGUUCAAGAGCCUCCCGAAUCCCAGACGAAAGGCGGCAGCGUGGCUCAAAAAGCACGCCAUGGAAUGCGUUGUUUGGGCUGCUGAAAAGGCAAAAACAUGUGACGACGACAGCGAGGACGAAACCGAUACCGAGAGCGACGAUGACAACGACGUAGAUGACGAGGAAGGUCUUUUGAAGGAGACGGAAAAGGAAGCACUUAGGUCGCUGUCACUUGCGAGUCCCCUGGCCACUGGCGAGAUUAACAUUGCACUUUCGACAGACGAAGAAGAGGACAAUUCCGAUGAAGAUGGCGUAAGUGGCACCUCGAUAGACCGCCUCGAUUUGUUGAGGGAAGCCGUAAGCAGAUCGCACCCAGAGAGUCUACGACACAGGCAAGUGCAGCAGAUGCUGAUGGAGGAGGAGAGGAAACGAGCCGAGGAAGAGAAGAGAAAACGACAGCAGCACCUGAGGCGAAAAUCCAUGCUGAGGAAGAACGGAGUGAGCACCCAGAAUGCAGAGUUGCUUCCGUUAGACCCGGGCGAGGAGAUGCCCACUCCAAUUGUUCUUGAUCUCGAAGAGAAUCGAAGAGCACAGAGAGAACACCUGGUACAGCAGCGCCGCGAGAAGGCACGUUUAGUCUUCGCUGGUUCUUGGCUGCGUUGCACGGAGAAGGAACUUGACGAGUGUGUAGAAAAGUACAGUCGUACAGACGAUCCAUACAUGCGGGUAGCCUGA